AAAAAAAAAAAAAAAAACUCAAAACUUAUCUUUUUCUCAAAUGGGUUCUUAAGUUCCUUCUGUUUCGUAACCACUGUGAGAGAUUUCCGGGUAAAACAAAUCCAAAGUUAGGAUUUUUAUAUUGAAGAAAAAAAAUAUGGUUCCUUCGAUUCUGGAGAAGAUGGGAUGCUCAACCUCAAAAGCAUCGAUGAAGGAGAAGAAGACGAAGAAGAAGAAGAAGGAGGAGCCCCUUCUUCUAUGUAAAGAAAGAAAGAGAUUUGUCAAACAAGCCAUUGAUUCCAGAUGUUCCCUCGCCGCCGCACACGUCUCCUACGUCCGUUCCCUCCGUAACAUCGGAGCUUGUCUCCGUCAAUACGCCGAAGCGGAUACGGCGCCUGUGGCUUCAUCUAACUCCUCUUCUUACCCUGACGACGACGGCGACUCGGUUGACUCACCACUGAGUCACAGCGCGAACCCUAAACCAGUUUUGAAUCUAAGCUACACCAAGUCGACACCGGCGGCUGACUCUGCAGUGACUUUCACGAUUAACCCUCUCGAUGAAGAAGACGCAAUGCCGGAGUUAUCUUCUUCUCCUCCGCCGCGUUCUCGCCGGCCGGAGACGUCUUCUUGGGACUACUUCGACACUUGUGACGACGAGUUCGAUAGCUUUAGACUGACAGAGAUUGGUUCAGUUAUAGGAUUAGAGAAGAGUAAAGAGGGCAAUGUCGAAGAUUUAAAAACAGAGCAGAGGAAACAGAGUUGUGAAGAUGUUGAUGAAAGAGAAGAUCCAUCAGAGUUUAUCACACAUAGAGCCAAAGACUUUGUGUCUAGCAUGAAAGAUAUUGAGCAUAAGUUCUUCAGAGCUUCUGAAUCUGGCAAAGAAGUGUCAAGGAUGCUUGAAGCUAACAAAAUCAGAGUCGGAUUCGCUGAUACCACAGGGAAAGGAAACUCAGUAGCGUUUCUCGGAGCUUUGAAGCGAGCUUGUUGUAGAGGGAAGCAGAGUCACUCACCUGUUUUUAAAGAGUCAUUGAACCAACAAGUCACGAAAGUUAUAGUGUGGAAGAGAACAACUUCUUCAAGAUCCUCCACUUCUAGAAAUCCAUUGAUCGAAACACCAAAAGAAGAUGAUGGUGAUGAAGAAAGUGGAAGUGAUUUCAUACAAGAGUUCUGUAUGAUCUCAGGAAGUCACUCUUCUUCACUUGAUCGGUUAUACGCUUGGGAGAGAAAACUCUAUGAUGAAGUCAAGGCGAGUGAGAUGAUUAGGAAAGAGUAUGAUAGAAAAUGUGAGCAGUUAAGGAACCAAUUCACAAAGGAUCACAGUGCUAAAGCCAUGGAUAAAACAAGAGCAGCUGCUAAAGAUCUUCAUUCAAGAAUCAGAGUCGCCAUUCAAUCAGUUGAUUCCAUUUCAAAGCGCAUCGAGAGAAUCAGAGACGAAGAGCUUCAGCCUCAGCUCUUAGAGUUUCUCCAAGGGUUGAUAAGAAUGUGGAAAGCAAUGCUCGAAUGUCACCACUCGCAGUACAUUACCAUCUCACUGGCUUACCACUGUCGGAACUCGUCCAAAACAGGACCAGAAAACGCUCUCAAGAGACGGAUAUGGUCAGAGCUUCUAGAGGAAACAGAGUGUUUUGGUCUAAGCUUUGCAGAUUUGGUCAACAGUAUGAGUUCUUACGUUGAAGCUCUCAGUGGUUGGCUACACAACUGUGUUUUGCUCCCUCAAGAACGUUCUACAAGAAACCGAAGACCGUGGUCCCCACGCCGUGUCCUGGCCCCGCCGAUAUUUGUCUUGUGCAGGGAUUGGUCGGCUGGGAUGAAAUCUCUGCCGUCAGCUGAACUCAGUGGGUCUAUCAAAGAGUUCUCAGCGGAUAUGGAGAUGUUCGGGGAGGAGAAGGAACAUUCGGUGUUGGUUUCUGAAGAUUUGUCGAGCGUGCAUUCGAGUUUAGCGAAGCUUCUUGAGAGAUUGAAGAAGUAUUCAGAAGCUUCUUUGAAAAUGUAUGAAGAUGUAAAGGUGAAAAGUGAAGAAGCUGUAGUUGCUUACACUAAUCAUUCUAACUCUGGUGGACCAGUUAGGUAUUGAAAUAAUGUAACUAUGACUAGCAAAACUCUUGGGUCAUUUUUUUUACCUAGUAUAGACUUGCAAGAUUAUCUAAAUCGGCUGCUCCUGGAGUAAAUGCUACUCCUUAUGUUUCAUAGUAUAAUCGGAAAACAGUGAAAAUUGUUUAUUGGAGUAUAUACAAUACUAGUAUUCAGCGAA